GAAAGAAAUUCAACGACAAGUGGUUCUCCUUGUUAUAAAUUGAAGAUGAAUUGCAGCAAUUGGAGGGGGGGAACAUCGACGGGAAUAAAGCAGCGGCUUGGCCGCUGCUAUGGCGGUGACCGGCGAGUCAGUCCGGCGUCGGGCGGCAGUAGCUCCGGGCAGAGGUUUUGGUGGUUCUUUCAAGCUCCAAUUCCUCAAUUUGUUCAUCUUCUUCAACAAUUGGGAAGCAAAUUACCAGGCCCAAGAGAAUAAAGAAGAUCACUUGGCCGGACUUAACUUGGUCGAGGAACAAAGGAUGGCCAUAGAAGUAAUGAUGAAGUCCUACGAAGAAGUCCAUGAUAACAAAGUGGUGAAGAAAUACCACGAUAACAAAGUUGGACCAUGAUACUUCCAAGUCGGUGAUGAAGUCCUACGAAGAAGGUAACCUAGUAAACCGGGUGACGGAGGAAAGCUGGCCAAGAAUUGGAAAGGCCCAUACCAGGUGAGUGCAGUAGUUCGCCCAGGCACAUACCGGUAGAAACUUUGGAAGGUGGGACAAUAGAAAGGUUUUGGAAUU